UCACAUUCAUUCCGCUGAAAAAUGUCACCAGGCGCUGUACCCCGAAAUAUCAUCCUGUGUCUUGGAGUUCUGUCUUGUAUACUUAGUCCUGUUCAGCUGCAGCAGAUUCGCCUUGUGGGUGGAUCAACACAAUACGAAGGUCGAGUUGAGAUCUUCUUAAGGAAUGAAUGGGGAACAGUUUGCUUAGACAACUUUGAGGAUAUUGAAGCAGUGAUCAUUUGUCGACAACUCGGUUUUGGUUUAGGGAUAGCAGUGACUGAUGGAAGGUUUGGGCCAGGAUCUGGUCCGAUUUGGUUGGACAAUCUUGCAUGUGAUGGCACAGAACAAUCUCUAGAUGUGUGUGUAGCAAAUAACAUCGGAGUUCAUAACUGUAACCAUUCUGAUGACGCUGGAGUGAUUUGUGAUAACCCUUCUGUAGUGACACAAACCCCAACUACAACUAGAGCCCCUGCCACGGCUCAGCCUUCCAAUUGUACUGCUGAUAACACCAGUCCAGCUUUAAGGAUUAUUGGUCCAAGUGACAAAAUUGGGGUUGGCUUUGUGGAGGUCUUCUACAACGGUACGUGGGGGGCAGUUUGUGAUGACCACUGGGACAUACUGGACGCCAGAGUAGUGUGUGGAAUUCUGUGCUUCAAUCAGUCGCUGGCUUUAGCUGGUACAUCUCAAGCAAUUGACUACACAAAGAGCAAUGUCAGCUCAACCUUUUUGUUGGACGAUGUGAAUUGUGAUGGAAGUGAGACAAAUCUUUUCUCCUGUAACCAUAGAGGUGUGGGUGUACACAAUUGUCUGAGUGGAGAGUACGCCAGUGUCACAUGUGUGCCUAUUAACCACACUGGGUCAGAAGCCCCUCAACCACUAUUGAGCUGUAUUGAUGAGAAGUUUACAGCCAGUUUCAGCAGGGACUAUGACCCAUACCUGGGCUAUCAACACCUGACCAUUUACAACCCAAGUGACCCCUGUAAUGUCCAGUAUGAGAAUAACACGGCAUACAUCAUUAUGAAGAUACCCUUCACAGACUGUGGUUCAAUUCUUACGAAUAAUGAGACUCACAUAUUCUACACCAACACAAUUCACUACAACUUCACCACUAGACUUGGCUCCAUUACCAGAAAAAACAGCUAUUUAGUCGAAGUCCAAUGUGAAUUUCCACGAAACCAGUCAAAUGGUAAUGGAGGAUAUUCCCCUGUUACUCAGCUGGUUACCCAGAGUGCACCUGGCAGGUUUUCUGUAGGUAUGGCAAUGUAUGGCGAUGACAACUUCAACGAACCUUUAACAGUGAACCCAGAAUUGACCCUGAAUCAACCACUAAGCGUCUCCUUGAUACUGAAUACCACUCUAUCGCGUCUAAAGCUUGUGAUGAGAACCUGCUUUGCAACUCCCUCAGGUUCCUGGACUGACCAAAUUAAUCACUUUCUAUUUGAGAAUAGUUGUUCAAAUGACACAACAGUUGCUUUUGUUCCUUGGAAUGAUACAGCAGCGGGUUUCCGGUUCCGUGUGUUCCGAUUUAUUGGCUUUGAAAACGUUUACCUUCACUGUACCAGUACAGUGUGUGAAAGAGAUGAGAAGAAUGAUGUCUGUGAUGGGAGUUGUGGGAGCACAACACCAACACCUGCCACUGGUCGUCGGCGACGAUCGGCCUGGCAAGGUGAACGAAGUAAGAGAAGCAUUGAGGACCCGACCAUGAUAUAUGUUACCAGUGGAAAGAUGCAUGUGAAGAAUGUGGAGAAAGAUUCAGUCAUUGAGAGAUUAACACAAGAAGUGCCUUCCACUACAGCGAAAAUUUACACUACACCCAAACCCACCAGAGUGACUCCAGUCCCAACCACUAACCCCAUUACUCAGCAGCCUAGUUCCUCAGUGAAGGUUUGGAUCACCUCUGACCUUCCGACAACCACUCAAGGUCAAGUCAAGGUUACACCCACAAAGGCACCCACCACAAAGAGUUCAAGUGACGGAGACCAGGGAGAGCAGAAGCAUCUUUCAAAAUCGGAGGAGGCUUUACUCUCGGAUCAAGGAAUAUCACAGGAGUUACAGGACAUGGUACCUUCAUCAGCUUCCCAAAUGGUGUAUUCUGUGGUACUUGCUGUGGUCACAGCAGCACUAAUGACCAGAAAUUGGUUUGUGUGAAGACACUUUUAACAAUGAUUGAAAGAAAAGUUUUUUAGGGGGGUUUUGAAUACUAUUUUUUAAGUGUAGUACAUACACUUAAUGAUUCCGUCCAAGUAUAAAACAUUGACAGAGAGUGUAAGAUAAUGAAUUAUGUGAGGUAGAUGUAAGUCCCAAAUUUCAGUGUUAGCUGAUUUUACAGUAAUUUUAUCUUGUACUUACAUGAUGUGAGUAUUCAUGUGUACAUGUAUAUAGUAAUUUUAUCUUGUACUUACAUGAUGUGAGUAAUCAUGUGUACAUGUUUAUAGUAUAUACUUUGUG